AUGGCCGCCGUCUUGGACCUCCUCAACAUUGCGUGGACGCGCUUCUCCACCAACCUGCGCGGCACGCUUGAUGGCAUGAGCUAUGAGAAGUGGAUUCGCCUUGUUAUCAUUGUCGGCGCCUACUGCCUCCUCCGCCCGUACCUGAUGAAGCUGGCCGGCAAUGCACAAAUGAAGCAGCACGAGACUAAGCCCGAGGAUGAGUGGCUUGGCCCCAAACCGAAGGUCCAGCCCAACACCCUGCGUGGGCAGGUCGAGAUUCCCGAGGACAGCGACGACGAGGGCGUCGAGGCCACCGGCUCGACAACGGCUACUGAGUGGGGCAAGAAGGCGCGCAAGAGGCAGCGCAAUGUGCUCAAAAAGUUGAUUGACGUCGAGGAGAAGCGCUUGGCGGAGCUGCAGGAGGAUGACGAGGACAAGGAUAUUGAGGAGUUCUUAGUCAAGGAGUAA